AUGCUAGCCAGUUUAGACAAGGCGAGGGAUCCUGAUGAGGAGGACUAUUUUGUCCCAAACAAGCACCUUCCGUUCCAUUACGACCCCAAUAACGACGCUGAUUUACAAGAGCUUGAGCGAGAACAAGACAGCGACAACAUCGAAAAUGAUGAUCUUGAGCUUGACGAAGAAGCCGAGAAGCUUUUGAAUGAGUUCCAUGGAUUGAGUCCUGUAAAGAAGCUUCGUGAGACUGUGAAGAAAAUAGCUUCAUCUCCUCAGCGACAGAAGCAGUUCCAUAUGAUUUACAAGCAGGCCUUUGGUAACAUCAAGGCACCUUCAGGGAAGCUACCGUGCACCCUGAUGAGCACUGAUGCUCGCAAGGCAAUUGAGAAAUGGGUGUUCGAAAGGAAAGAGCUCCGUGAUGAGCUUUAUUUAUCAAACCAAGAGUGGGCUUUUCUUAAGUGGCUUGCCGACAUUCUCAAGAUGAGUCUCGUCAUACUGUAG